AGAAGGGGGAAAAAAAAAACAAUAAAUAAAUUAAAUAAUCUCUAUGCUGUCCAUUUUUCUGAAUUGGCGCAAAGGCGAAAACUUUUCUACUCUGUCUCAACUUCUUUCUUUCUUUCUUUCUUUUUUCCCCCGAGAAAAACAAACAAAAACAAGAUGAGAAAAUCUAGCGAGAUUCCUACGGAGAAGAAGAAGAAGAAGAUUAUAGCGAGGACGAAGUAGGAGGAGAUUCUUCGGAGCUCUGAAUCUCUUUCUUCCGCGAUCAUUUCGAUUCUUUUUCGGACUUCUCUUGUUCGUUGCACCGCCUCUUUCUUUCGUCUUUGUCGAUAUCUGGUUUGGAAUGGUUGGUUGCAGAUAUGGCGUUUGAUCAAAACUCGAUUCCGAAGGAUCUAAGACCGUUAAAUAUAGUUAGAAAUGUGGUCGAAGAGCCCCGCAUUGUGCAGGCCGCGGCCGGUCGGAGCCCUGAGGGGUACUUUCCUAACCCGGUUAGCGAGGUUGGGAGCCCCAGGUCGGUGCCCGUUUUCUACCCGGCGCCUGUGCCCGUAUCUGAAGCCGGAAUUGUUGGGCUAGGAUACGGGAAUACUGCGCCAAAUGUUGCUGCAUGGUGUCCUCAUGUGGCCGUGCCGGUGGCAUACCCGAGUGUGAACCCUGCUGUUGGAUUUGGUUAUGGUCCUAAUUUGGCCAACAGGGUCACUGUUGCUGGUUCCGGAGACCUUGUAAGUAGCAAUGCAUCGACUGCGUCACGAGGCAGCCCAAAUUUGGGCAAUCUGGUUAGUGUGACUGGCGUUGAUCUUUCUAGUCAUGAUAUGGCAGCUAGGAUUGGCUAUACACCAAGUGUGGGCAGUAGGGUUGCGGGCAAUUCCACCGAUCAGAUUGUGAGUGAUCCAGCAGCUGGGUCCAGUUAUGGUCCUAAUUUGGGCGGUCGAUCUGGUGGUAAUGCGGUUGAUCAAGCAAGUGAUGAGGGUGGAGUUGAUUCAGUUUCAGGGAAGAAAGUAAAGUUUCUGUGUAGUUUUGGGGGCAAGAUUUUGCCUAGGCCGAGCGAUAGCUUGUUGAGAUAUGUUGGGGGACAUACGAGGUUCAUUAGUGUCAAAAGAGAUUUGAGCUUCAAUGAGCUAGUGCAGAAGAUGGUGGAUAUCUAUGGGCAAGCCGUGGUUAUCAAAUAUCAGCUUCCUGACGAGGAUCUUGAUGCUUUGGUGUCAGUUUCGUGCCCUGAUGAUCUUGACAAUAUGAUGGAUGAGUAUGAGAAAUUGAAUGAGAGGUGUCCAGAUGGGUCGGCUAAGUUGAGAGUGUUUCUGUUUUCUGCUUCAGAGCUUGAUCCGACUAGUAUGGUACAGUUUGGGGAAUCACAUGAUAAUGGGCAGAGAUAUGUUGAGGCCGUAAAUGGGAUUGUGGGUGGAGGCGGCGGUGGCGGCAUCACAAGGAAAGGGAGCAUAACAAGUGCAACAUCAACACAAAAUUCUGAUUUUAGUGGGAGUGAGGCUGUUGAUAACUCAAUGGCCAGUCAAGCGGAUGUUAUAGGACCUGUGACAACAAAUAUAUUAUUGCAGAAGCAGAGUUCUGGUAAUUUGGAUGACGUUUCUCCAAGGUUGGUGUGUUUGGAUCCCAGUCCUGCAAGUUUUGUCGAAGCGUCUACAGUCCCACCGCGUGUUCCUAUGGUUAAGUCUGGUCUUCCACAAACUUCAUCUCCUUGUCCGGAAGUUGACUUAGAAAGGUCUAUUCCUGCAGCAAUAGCGCACCAACAAUUGGGUUUGCAGCAGCCCGGAAUGGAAAUUCCAACUCCUUCCUAUGUGCAAGCAUAUGUUGAUCCUCGCCAGGAAGUUGCAAAUGAAGCAGAUUAUUUGCAGCUUCCUCCCCAGACGGGCUUUCCAAAUCCUCGGCUAUUGGGGACUGCCGGCCCCGUGUAUACCCAACAACAGCUUUAUGGUAAUGCUGCUGGUGUAGUCACACGUCAAUUUAUCCCUACAAUGUGCACAACAAUGAAUCCUUCAUCUUCUCAUGUUGGUAUAAGACAAAACGUAGUUCAACAUAUUAUUCAACCCCAACAAGCUAGAUUGGGUACUUAUGUGGAUGAAAGAGCAUUUGGUCCGAGGGUCGUUCAGCUGCCCGUUGAACAAAGCUAUAGUUCAUAUCAAGUUCAGGUUCCUGCUUCAGUGGUAGGAGGCAAUAAUGGCUGGCAGCAGGUUCCAAUGCAGGAACAUGUCGUUUUCUCUGAUGGUUUGCUACCUCACCAACAGGUAAUGGUUUCUGAGAAAAUCCCAAGGUUUGAGGACUGUUAUAUGUGUCAGAGAGCAUUGCCUCAUGCACAUUCUGAUACUGUGACACAGGGUCAGAGAGACAGUGGUGCAAGCUCUCUGUCUGAUUCCAACCCAAGUUAUCAUAGUCUCCAUUUCGAUGACCAUUCAAGAGCUCAGCCAGCAACCAGAGUUGUGGUAAGUGGUGCUUUGGGGGAAAGCACUAUUGAUCAAGGAGUUGCAGCUCGACACCGAGUCCUUGUUCAUGCAGAUCCUCAAAUUGGAAGCCUUCAAUCUGAGGCAAGUGCUUUCAGUUUGCAUCCCGAGGCGAAGCUUGAAAAGGAGAGAAUUAAUACCCAACACGUAGAUAAUGUUGAGCAUAAUAGAAUUUCUGCUACUCAGGCUGUAAUUGGAAGGACUACUGAUGUACAGCCACCUAAGAGUGCAUUCAUGGGCAAUAUUCCACAGUCUGUUCGAGAGGAUCCUGUUCAGCAACACUCUGUUGUAGCCCCAUACCUGGUUAAACAGGAUGCCUUGAACAAACCUGUUACCCGGGAUAUGCUACCUGCAGGAGGCAUUCCUGUCCAAAGUUCAGAACGGUUGACUCAAGAUUCUCCAAAAUCUCCGACAGAUUAUUCUAACAAAUUUCCCAGUGUCGCUCCAACCAAAGAUGCUGUAGAAACUUGCAUUUCAUAUGACCAAGUGAGACCAAUUGAAGGCAGGAUGGAGGCACUCAGGAUAUGCCCCACUGAACUUUCUGUCAGUAAUGAGCAGAGUAGAUCACCUGUUGACCAAUUUGAGGCUAGUUAUGGUAUACCAACUGAACUGCUGCCCUGCUCCUCUAUGGAACCUCCACAUAUUCCUACUUCAAGGCUAGUUGAGUCAUAUGAGGUGGCACAACCAUCUAUCUGGGGUAAUCCUGGACCUUGUCUACAAGCAAAAGUUGGAGGCCUCCCGUUGGAUUCUAAUGAAGUUUACCAUGGCAAUCCUCCAUUUCCUGGGAUGGACACUCCAUCUUCUUUCUCUCCGUCUAGUAGGACUGCAGAUGUUCAGGAUUCUUCAAAUUCACUUUUCAGCAAUCAGGAUCCUUGGAAUUUGCACCAUGAUUCUCAUUUUCCACCUCCUAGACCUAUUAAAAGUCCAUCGAAAAAGGAUCCCUUUGCCACUAAGGAUCCCUUUGGUGAGAACUGUUUGGGAAAUGGUGCAGAACUAAACACUGUGGAGGAUGGGGUUCAACAAUCAUUGGGCAUCUUGAACAAAGACCAAAGUUCAGAACAUGCUCAGUCGGCAAAAGGAUUAGGCUCAGCAGAGGAACAAAUCAGGAAUGAUCUUCAAGCUGUUGCUGAGGGUGUCGCUGCUUCGGUUUUCCAGUCAGCUACAUCAUCAAAUCCCGACUUGCAUGACAGAAAUGAGUUGGCUAAUGAGUCGAUUCAAGAUGAAGUUGUUGAAAACAAAGUUGAGGAUGUUAAGACCAAAAUCCCAGAAAGAGCAAAUAUUGGUUUUCCAGUAUCUGAUGGCAUUGGACGCUUGCAGAUUAUAAAGAACAGUGACCUCGAAGAGCUGAGAGAAUUGGGUUCUGGCACCUUUGGCACAGUCUAUCAUGGGAAAUGGAGGGGUACUGAUGUCGCAAUCAAACGGAUCAAUGAUCGUUGUUUCGCUGGAAAACCUUCUGAACAAGAGCGCAUGAGAGAUGAUUUUUGGAAUGAGGCCAUCAAACUGGCUGACUUGCACCAUCCGAAUGUCUUGGCUUUCUAUGGUGUUGUACUUGAUGGUCCUGGAGGUUCUGUGGCAACAGUGACAGAGUAUAUGGUUAAUGGUUCUAUUAGAAAUGCUUUGCAGAAGAAUGAGAAGAGUCUUGACAAGCGCAGGCGUCUAUUGAUUGCCAUGGAUGUAGCAUUUGGAAUGGAAUACCUGCAUGGAAAGAAUAUUGUGCACUUUGAUUUAAAAAGUGAUAACCUACUUGUAAAUCUUCGAGAUCCUCACCGUCCAAUUUGCAAGGUUGGUGAUUUGGGCCUAUCCAAGGUGAAAUGUCAGACACUGAUCUCUGGCGGUGUGCGGGGAACACUUCCUUGGAUGGCACCAGAACUUCUUAAUGGCAGCAGUAGCCUUGUAUCCGAGAAGGUUGAUGUGUUUUCUUUUGGUAUCGUUUUGUGGGAGCUCCUUACCGGGGAAGAACCAUAUGCAGAUUUGCAUUAUGGGGCCAUCAUAGGUGGUAUUUUGAGCAACACCUUGAGGCCACCAGUCCCAGAAUUUUGCAAUCCCGAAUGGAAAUCACUCAUGGAGAGAUGCUGGGCGUCAGAGCCAUCCGAGAGACCGAGCUUUACCGAAAUCGCAAACCAAUUACGUGCUAUGGCAGCAAAGAUUCCCAAAGGACAUAGCCAACAUCAACAACCUUCCACAACACAACCUCCUGUUUAAAAUUGAACACCAAAAAAGGUUACUUCCUCUUAUUUCGCUUUUCAAUUUGUUUCGCGCUGGUGGCAAAUAACAGAUGUGCUUCUUUUUUUUUUUUUCCCCUUAAAAAUACAGGGAAAGGUUGUUUCACUGUUUCCCCAUAGAAAUUUUAGUUCAUAAGAAGUGCCUUAAGCUUUUUUUUUUUUUCUUUUUUUUUUCACACCUCUGGGAAAUGUGUUAGCUGUAUAUUUUUACCUAUUACUGUAAGAAUGUGGAUUAUAUUAUUGCCAUUUUUGUGUGGCGCUCCUCAAUUCGUUCAACAUUCA